AAAUAGGGUGUGGCUAUUGUUUGGAUAUGCAAGAGGACAGAUAUAUAAACUGGAUAUAAGUUACACUUUUCAGUCAGAGCUGCUAUUUUUGUGCAUUCCACGUAGAGAUGGCAUAUUCUACCAGCACUCUUGCUGCUGGCUGCUUCGGGAAGAUAUACAGGGAGAGGUAUAAUGACACCUGGGCUGCAAUCAAGAAAGUACCACAACAUUUAAUCAACAGGAAUGACUUGGAGAGGGAGUGUCGAGUAUACAAUAAAGCGGUACAUCCUAAUAUAGUCAAGCUUCUGGGUAAUCCAACACUCAAGGACUCAAAGUGGAUCAUUCCCAUGGAGUUCAUCUUUGGAGAGGACCUGGAGACAACCAUCUUCAAAUCACAAAAAUCUAAAAUACAGUUGACUCCACCUAUAAAGGCUACAAUCAUCACAGGCAUGUGUGAAGGACUACUUCACCUACACAGCAAAGACAUCGUCCAUCAGGACCUCAAACCUGACAACAUCAUGAUAGAGCAUGGAAGUUACAGAGCUGUGAUCAUUGAUAUGGGACUGGCCAAAUUCUCCCGCAAUGGCCUCAGUUCUGCGGUGGAUAUGGGCAACGAGGCCUACUCUCCCCCUGAGGUCCUGCAGAGGACAAGCCCACGAGACCAGCGCUCAGAUGUGUGGGCAAUGGGUAAAAUAAUUGCUGAACUUUGUGCCAGAGUGCGGCUGCAUACCCCGAGUGUCUGUCCAGAAAAGAUCCAGGAGACCCUCAGUCAUCAAGGCCAACAGUACUGUAACGCUGUCUGUAGGAUGGUGCAGAGUGACCCCAGAUUACGGGCCACUAUGGCUGAGGUCAUCCCGGAGAUACGAAGGGCAGGUGGGACUGAUGGACACACAAGAGGACCUCUGCCAGCACAGCUUCCUCGGCCUGAGGUAAAAGACACAUCCCUACAUCCACAAGCUCCUGAACACCGAUCACCUUCCCCAUCACAAUUUCACUGUGCAAACUUGCCACAUCCCGAUGUCAAGACAGUAGUGAGAGCUCCUGUGAGAGCGCCUUCUCCAUCUAGAUGGGAGCAUGCACCCUUGCCAAAGGCCGAGGUCAAGAUGACACUGCUGCCGCAAGCUCCCCUACCGCGGCCUCCUUCCCCUUCAAGAUUUGAGCUGGCAGCUCCUCCAAAACCAGAGGUCAAGAAAUCACCAACUCCCUGUCCCAAGGUACAGCAGGUUAAAGCAGUGGUUCCAGUCAUGCCUCAACCCAGUCCAGCUGCCAUGAAACAGCUUCUCUACCAAGAGGCAUCAAAGGGUUUUCCGUGCCCACUUCCCCAAACGGGCAAUGUGAGAAUCAGCCGCUAUAUGGAAACAGAUGGGGAGGUGGAGUCUUGGGAGCAGAAGGAGGUGGAGACUAAAGGAGGUAGGAUAGUGAAGUAUGAAGAUAUGAGGUUCAACAUGUCAUGAGAAGGUUAUUGGUCAUGAAAUAGUUGGAUUAUCCAGACGGUGGUUGACCCUCUCAGUCUCCUUCAGUGGCUAGUGUGACACAUUUCUGUAGAGAAGAGAUUAGCAUAUCUGGAAGUUGGGCUACACAAUGCAAUAGUUUUAAUGCCUAGUGAAACAACUGUAAAACUAUCAAAAACAAGGAUAUACUGUAUGCUGAAAUAAACUGAGAUCAGUUAUUAACAGAGAUUAAAUGUAUCUUGUCCUGCUGCAUUAUAUGUUCAUGCUUCAUCACUUUACAGUAUUGCUACCAUGUCACAAAUCAUCGAAAAGAACAUGAGUAUGGGAGUCAAAUCAUGUUUAAAUGUUCUUAGAAACCUUAUGUCUUUUGUGAAUAAAUGCAUCUUUGAACAGGUGUACACACAUGCAUUUGAACUGUUUAUAUAAGUUGACAUGUUUAUAAUAAUCAGUUAUAAAAGUCAUUUUAAAUACA